CACCUGCUCACCCCUCCCCUCAAAACUAACCUGUAUUCAGGGAAACAGACAAACACGAGGCACUCAUAAGUGCUCUGAUCAGUGCUCACCCUCUGAAUUUACCUCCUGCAGUUUAGUUAAGGUGUCACAUCCACUUUAAAACAUGGGCUGCUUUGGAUUUUUGAAAACAAUGAUGAUUCUCUUCAAUGGGAUCAUCUUUCUGGCAGGAGCGGCUAUUUUGGGCGUGGGCAUCUGGGUGAAGGUGGACAACGGAUCUGUCUUGAGUUUUCUGCAGGGCAUAUCGGCAGCUGACAGUCAGCUGGGUCAGGUUCUGAACGUGGGCUAUCUUUUGAUCGCAGUGGGCUCCGUGCUCCUCAUCCUGGGCUUCCUGGGUUGCUGCGGGGCUGUACGAGAGAGCAGGUGUAUGUUGCUGCUGUUCUUUGUCAUUGUUCUGAUCGUGUUUAUUGCUGAAGUCGCUGGAGCGAUUGUUUUGCUUGUCUUCAAACCUCUGGCAGAGGACCUGAUACAAAAGGCUGGAGAGGAAGCUGUGAAAAACAUCAAGAAAGACUAUGGCACAAACAAAGAUCUCACAGGAUUGUGGAACUCAACUAUGACAACGCUCAAGUGCUGUGGAUUCAACAACUACACAGAUUUUACAGGUUCUCCUUUUGUAAAUGGGACGGGUUUUUACCCACCCCAGUGCUGUGGGUCAUCAUCAUGCAAUGGGACGACGGCUUCUAGCGUGGAUAUUCCAGGUUGUUAUCCAGCUCUGAAGAAGCUGGUCGAUGAUAAUGCUGUCAUUAUUAUAGCUGUGGCAUUGGGCAUCGCUGCUCUUGAGCUAGCGGCGAUGAUUGUGUCCAUGACCCUGUACUGUCACAUAGGGUCAAAACGCGAUUGAGGUCUCGCCAUGCCAAUGACUCCUCCGGUUUAUUGAGGAUGAGGAUAUCUGAUCAUCUGUACAUUUCAGGAAUAUCACUGUGACUCAAACUUAACCACUGCAAAAUCCAUCCAUUGACUCAGUUGCCUUAAAUGUUAAUUUAGAGAAACUCAAAUCACAAACAUUUUUAUUCAGAUCCCAUUUUUACUAAUGUUAAAUGAGAAUUUUACUGUUUUUUUUAAACUGAUUGUAUUUUUUAAGAGCCUAGCCAAUGCAAGGUGUGUCUUUUAGUUGUUUAAUGAAAUAGCAAGCAAAGUAGUGUUUGGUAAUUAUGAACACAUUGAGUUUUGACUCUGCUAUGUUUAUGUGCAAUGCAGUGACCAAAAAGCCAAAUGUUUUCUAAGAGAUGUUACUGAUUUAUUGUAAUUUAUUUGUACUUUUUACAAACCUAGCUAUUUAAAUAAUGUGCUGUAUGUAAUAAAGCACAACAUUGUGUCUUUUCAGACUCUGAAUGUUUUUAGUUUAUACAAGAGAUUAGCAUUAUCAUGUUGGUGAAAUGUUUAUGUAAGUUUUUUAUUUUGCCAAAAAUUAUUAAAGCAAUUUUUCAGCUUA